AUGAUCCUUGAUCUCCUAUUUGCUUGCAAUAUGGCAGUUGUAUCAUAUUUUCAGGCCGAAGAAUUGAUGAAGAAGGUGGAAAAUGAUGAAGAAAUCCAAUAUAUAGAUGAAAAGAAAAAAAGUUUUCACCUGUGCAUAAUAAAUUUAGUUAUUGGGACGCUUUAUUGCUCGAAGGGGAAUUAUGAAUUUGGAAUAUCUCGAGUAAUAAAAGCUUUGGAGCCUUUUGAUGAAAAGCUUGGCACAGAUACCUGGUACUACUCAAAGAGAUGCUUGGUAUCUGCCAUCGAAAAUCUCUCCAAACAUAUUAUUUCUAUACGUGAUUCUAUUAUCGAUGAUUGCUUACAUUUUCUUGAACAGUGUGAAAUAUUCGGAAAACAAAUACCAACAGUAAUUAAUGGACCUUUAAUGGAUCCUCGACUGGAAAAUGCUAAGAGUACGGUGACAUAUGAAGCACGAUUAUUACGAGCAUUACUUCUUGAAGUGGUCAAUUACUGA